AGACUGUCUUAACCUAAUUGGUGUGGUUCACCCUAAUGUUCUAGUCUUGUGAAAUUAUGUUGUAACGCAGUCUGUGCAGUAUAUGACGCUUUAUUUGAUUCUUUAUGUAAAAUUGUGUUCGUGUAGUCGCCUCUUUAAUAAUGUGGUUAACAAAAGCAUUCGUAAAAAGCAAUACAAUAAUAAUGGAGUCGUCACAGACGGAGUCAGGUAAUAACGAUCCUGGUUCGUGCACUUCAUUCUCCAGUAGCGAUAUAGAUGACCAAGUAAUCACAGAAUUGUUAGCAGAACAAUCUAGAUUGUACAACGCACUAAGUGAAAAAUAUUCGUUACCUUUAAAAGAAGAACAAUUGUUAGAAAAAAUGUUCAAAACAAGACCACUGUAUGAAAUACUCAGAAGUGAAUUACUCUCAAGUAGUACAAGCGAUAGUAGCAAGACAGUAACUGAUUUGAAGUUAAAACCACCUUCUGUAGAUCAUUUGAAAGCCCUUCAGAAAGCUGAGAAAAAUAAGGACCUAUGUAUAGUGGAUGACAAAAGUACUGUUUCAGAGAUGAAAGAAUUAAGUGAGUCUUGUAGUUGUUGUUUAUGCUGUGUGAAAACUCGACUUCACGAAUGUGUUCAAAUAGGACGACGAAACAUACAAGCGCACAUUAAUGAAAAAAUUGCAUCCAGGUCCAAUCUAGGCCAACAAACCAAUGGUGAAACUAAAAAUAUUAAAUCAGACCCUUGUACAUGUGCCUGUAAUCAUAAAAAUAUCAAGGAAUGUCAAAGGGCAAACUUUCCUCAGAAUUUUCAUAUCAAACAACCAGAUAUUAGACAACGAGAUCGAUUUUUAUUACCUACCAAAAGUAAACCUCUAUCACCUAACAAUCGUAAACAGAGAAAUUCUUACCAUAAACUAAAGCGAUGCUAUUUUACACCCUAUAUGGAAAAUAUUGGCGAAGGAGAAAUCAAAAAGACUCAAAAAUUUACUAAACUUUUACGAGAUAAUGCUGAUAAUAAGAAUUUAGAAUCAAUGGAAAAGUUAAAGUUACUACAACAAAAAAUAAAAGAUAGCUUUAAAGCAAAUAAUAAUGCUUUACCGAAAUUAACACCCGAAAAACGACGAAUUUUCCAAAAUAUUUUAAACGAAAACAAUAAAAACGCAUUCAUAGAAAGUGUUCUCACACAAUUUAUUGAUAAAUCUUACUUGGAUCAUAUACAGAAUAUAGAAACAGUUCAGAAAUGUGAGCUUAAAUCAAGAAUACAUAAACGAAUUCACAAUGAAAAUGUUAUUCACCCUUCUAACGCGGCAACUACAAAUAUUAGGAAAACGAAAAAUGUAACCGACCUUUUAAGAGUUGCUACGAAGCAACAAAAACAUCCCAUAUCAAAACGCAUUAAAAAUAAUCAAAUACUUGUCAAUAUGUUACAAAUAUCAAAUCAAGUGCAAACACCAAAAGAAAGUAAUACCUCACUUUCUCUAAUGAAAAGACGAAAUUCCAAGUCAGUACCAUCCCUAUUAUCGACAAGUUCAGUAACAAAUAUAACUUCAAUACAAGACAAACAUUUUUCAUUGACUCAAAAUGCAAGAAAAAGAUCAUCUUAUCUAAUCAAUACAAAUACCUCUGGAAUACGAGUUAAAAUAUUAAAAUCGCUUUCUGCAACGUCUAUUGACAAAAGUUCGCGGCUUGGUAAGGUGAAUUCACCUAACAGGUUUCCGUCCAUAUCAUCAUAUAACGUAAAUAAAAUUACUUUGAAAGUAAAUCCUUUGACUUCAUUUCACAAAAUGAUCACGCCAAUACAAUCAAACACCACACAGCGUGUUGUAUAUAAGAAUUUAUCCACUAGUAUUGAGAAAACAACAAGUGAACUUCCAAAACUUCGCAGACAUCUAAAUGAAGAACACCUCGAUCAACAAAAAACACCUGCAACUCAAAUUCUUGAAAAAUCUAAUACGGUACAAGUUCUUGGUCAUUACAACAACGAAAAUUUGCACGAAAUAGGCAGUUUUCAUAACAAACCUAUGUCACCUAAAUUAAAAACCGAUUUACACCAACAGUCUAAGAUAAAAUCAGAUGAAAAGGAUAACAAAUCAAGCAGCUAUGCACUUAAAAAAUGCGUUUGCAAUUUAAGAAUCAAGGUAAUAGAUAUUAGAUCUAAGAUUAAUAAAAUUAGUGCAAAACAAAACAAAGUUAAGAAAAGUUCAAAAUCGAAUGAUCAAAACCCUUUAAAAGAUUGGAUGAAAAUAUCUAGAUUGAGUAUACGUGACACCAAACAAUUUAAAACACAAGCGACUAAAUGUGAUCAUUCUAAUAGUUUCAAAAGUCUAAAUAUUGAAAGGAAAAAACGAAGAAAAAGAAAUCCGUCUUUUAAGCAUCACUUUAGACAAUGGUCAGACUUCAAACUGAAAAACAAUCUGACAUUUAAAAAGCAGACUGAACAAGAUAAACUAAUUCAAAAUAUUCCCUAUGCAACAUGGAAGUCGCCAAUACAUACUGACUCCAAGAAUACUAUUGAUAAAGAACUUGUGGUAUCCGAUAUAAUGAACAAAGAAAGUAAAUGUAUAUCCUACUUAAGUACAUAUGAUAGCGAUAAAGCCAAGAACACAAAUAUGGUUUGUGAAUCUACUACACGUCUAAAGACAACAUCUAUUUUAAAGGACGCAUCUGUUGGAAGAGAUAAGAAAGAAAUAUUUCAAAAUCAAUCUGUUCAGACAGUCAAUAGCAUACAAAAUUGUAAAGUGUUGCCAUUUCUACCAGAUCAAUUUAAAGUACUCUGUGAAGACAAAUCUACUAGUGAUCAUGGCCCUAUACAAGUUGGAACUGUGUCAUCUAAACAAGAAAAAAGCAAAUCAAAUACUACCAAACCAAUAUAUAAUAUGAUUUUCUUUAAUAAAGGUCAUGGUAACUACGGUUUUACAAUUACACAAAGUAGGGUCAAACCUUUUUACAAUAAAAGCGACAGAAUCAAACUAAGUGACCUCAAGAAAGCAAAACAAGAAACAGGUAACUAUACAGAUGAACCCAAAGUUACACCAAAAAAACGCGGCUUACGUAGAUUCUUAGAUAUAUUGAAAGUCGGUAAACUAAAAAAGAAUAAAAAACAAAGAAACCAAGUAAAAUUAUCUAAUAACACCAUCAGUCUCAAAAAUGAUGAAGUCGAAACUCCUCAAACUAAAGUGAAUACUGUUCACGAAGUAGUGAAAUCCGUUAUUAACCCCCAAACAUGUAAUUCUGACUUUUGCAUGCCCAUAAAACAUGAUUUUCAAAUUAACAAAGAAAAAAAAUCGAAGAAAAUAAUUAGUAAUAUUGUCUGUAAAUCAAGAGCUAACACUGGCCUAACUUCACAAUCAGCUAAUUUCCCAAGAAUCAAAAACAUAAGUUCUAAUCUCUCUAAUAAAACUGAAUUACAUAUUCCAGUUAAUAAAUACGCCAGUUCGGCUAGAAAAGUCUUUAAUAGUUUACGUUUUUCACUUGACGUACCUUUUAAGAGAAAAGAUGUAAUUAACGAAAAAUUCUUCCAAAAUGCUUCAAAAGUUUUAAAUACUAAGAGCUAUACCAAAAGCUCGCAUAUACCUACACUAUUGAACAGCAAAAAGAAAGACCGAAGUAAAUUCUUCGGUCCCAAAAUCAAGCGCUGUUUAUACACGCUUAAGUUACAUAAGAGAGGAAAAUGUAACAAGAAAUCGUGUGAAGUUAACACAGAAACAGAAUCCAAAAUUAUGUCAGAAAUAAAGUAUUCGGAUCUCUCGAAAGGUCCUAUGAGUAAAAAAUCGAAUAAUACAAAAGAAAGGCCUUAUCAAUUUAAUCGUUCCAAACCAUUAGUGCUAUUAUGUAUGCCUCACAAAUACAGUACAGAAAAGAAGCACGAUAGUUCAAAAAGUUUUGGACCUUAUAGUAUAAAUACCAAAACGAUAUCAAAUUCAAUUAAUACGCGUAAACUGAUGAUGGAUAAUAGGACGACAAAACUUUUAUAUGUUAAUAAGGCGUUAUGCAAACAGCGUUGUAGACCAUCAAAAAGAAUAAAGUAUUCAGGAAAACAACCAGAAAAACCACGAUUUUCUAAAAAAUCUUUUUCGCCUAGUAUUAAUUCUCAUAAAUACGAGAUACUGUCAGAAAAUAAUAAUAAUCGAGAACAAAGGAUAAACAAAAAUAACUUGAAUAAUGUCAAAAACACACAACGACAUCAAACAGUAUCAGGUAGAUACAGUUAUAGUGAAAAUAUUUGUACGUGUAGUCGCAUGACGCGUUCAUCAAAUAAACAUCUCUGUACAUAUAAAAUAUUGAAAAACAAUGAACAAUGUUGUAGUAAAUUGUUUGCUCCAAGUACCGUUUAUACAACGAAUACUGUCACUUUUGGCCAAACUAAAUCAAAAACACCUGAUAUCUUAUUAAAAAAUACAUACUGUGACACAACAAAAGAAACGCUCCUAUUUAAAUCUAAAUUUAAGUGUAAAAGUAACCAUGUGAAAAAUCAAAAAUCAAGGAUCAAUCGAAAGGAAUUAAUGAAUCCUGCUCAACUGACUGGUGUUCCACCACUUGUGAGAAGACGUUAUUGUACAACAAUGAAUGUACAGGUAACAGGUCGAAAUGUAAGAAGAAAACAUCAUUAUUAUUCAUCGAGGCUUGAAUCAAUACCAUAUCAAUACCAAAAAUGUAUUAUGGAGCGAUUUGUUAGAAAAGUACCUACAGUGUCGGAUACUGAGAGAAGAUUAAAAACUAGUCCCAACUCAACACCAUCCGUGAGUUCAGGUUCAAGAACAAGAAGAAAUUUUUUAAAAUUAAAUCAUAAAGACAAACAUCAGCCAGCAUAUGCGAGACCCAUAGGAGGCUUUAGAUAUCAAUCAUCGCCACGAUUCCGACAACCCUACAAACAGGAAGAGCCGGUUGGCUUUACAUUUGGUUAUAGUGAUUUUCCUGAACGUGAAUCAAAUCCUAAGCGCCAAACUACUUCCAGAUCUUCGAGAACCUACGAUAAGUAUGUUAAAGACAGCGGUAAUCAUACAGUUGGUAGAUGCCAGAGACAGUCACAGACAAUGAUGUCUCAAAUUGUUCGUAGAGCUUCGAAUGUUUCACCAAUGUUACGACAAUGCUUUUACUCUUUGAAAUUGCAAAAAAAAGGAAGACUGCAAAAAGCACGUGAAAUGGAAUCUAUAAACCAGGACAAAUUGACUAAAAUUAUUGCAGAUGAACCAGUUACCAAAUCUACGCAGAAUACGAAAAAGCAACAUUAUCCUGAUUUAGUACCAUAUGAACAUGAAUCUAGUAAUUGUGUUCCAGACGAAUGCGACCCUACCUGGUUAGAGAACAAGGAAAGGCUAAAACUAAGACAAAGAAGACGUAAACAAACUGAAGACUUCAGGGCAGAUUCAAUUACAUCUCACUUUUCAUUGACUCCUAAUAUGAUAUCGAGUUGGGAAAGCAGAGAGAAACGAACGCAAUUUCAUAAAUAUGGUGGUCACCGAGGACCAGUCAGAUCUAGAGACAUUUUCGUUCAACCUAAUCCUUGUGAAAUAAUUAUCGAAAAAUCAGCUAUUCAGCGACCAAGACAAUCACAUAUAAUAAAUCCCAGACUCAGUUUUAAUAAAGAAAAAACUCAUUAUAUCAAUAAAAAAGAACAUAUAAAUUUUCGGAAGUAUGCUUAUACACAUGGAAAAAUGAGAAACAGAUUGUCACGAGACGAGAGACAAAAGUGUGAUACAGAUUCACAAACUGUUCUACGUAAACAUGGUCGGUCUAGUGGGUUUCUGAAACGAUGCUAUUGUGCUCUUCAGUUUUUAACUCCUAUUAGAAAAUAUCGUCGUAAAUCUAAUACUGUGACACGAAUGGGACAUGAGAGAACUUUGUCUACGUUAGAUACACAUAUAGUAGAGACACCAUCCACUAGGGCACCAAAAAGAGUUCGAAAACGAGAACAUUUUUCUAAACAAAUAAUUUUAGAUGAAUUAUCUUAUCACCCCUAUGUCCAAAUAGCUCCAAUCAAAUGUUCACGCCCUAGAAGGUACAAGAAUCAUACAGCUAAUUGUAAAAAAAGAACUAGAGAUAGAAUAUCAAGGGAAACUGAAUCGUUUAGAAAACGUAUAUCUCAAAUAGAUGUGUCUAAAACUAGAAAUAAAAUUUUAUGGCUUAAGUUAAGACGAUGUUUUUCUAAAUUAAAAUUUCACAGACAAAUACCAACACCGGAAAAAGGCUUAAUACCUCCUCACGAAGAAAUCACUACUUUGUACAAUAGUCGAAGUGUUAUAACUCCAAACAAGCUUAGACCAUUGCCGUCCAAUUUGGAACAUUAUGAAUGUGAACCUGUAUUUUGUGUGCCGGACAAUUAUGAUCUUUACAAAUACAAAAAUCGUAUUAAAAGACUAGAUAUAUGUUCUUCAGUACCAUCAACAGAAGGAUCCUUGUCGAAAUCAAAUUCAAUAACUGAAUGUCAGCACAGGUUUUUGAACAGUAAACCACAAUCAGUUAUGCAACCACAAUCAAUAAAAACAAGAAAACAUCAAUAUGAAGUAAGAAGGGCACAAUAUAUAACUAACAUAGUUCAUACGCCUUCAAAACGGACAAGUAAUAUUUUUCGUAUAGAUUUUCUUAAAGAUAAACCACCAGACGGUGGUGUUACAGAUUUCAAGCCAAUAACACAACAUAUUGUGCACAAGAAGCCAGAAAGGGUGCCAAACAAGUUAACAAAUAUCCCAGUUACGUAUAAAAGCAGCAAAAAACAGAUUGAACGAGGUUUGCAUGACAAGGAUUCUCAAGUUCUGGCUCGAAAAAUGCAUUCUAAAAUGACUGGAGUAGGACCUUACUUAAAAAAAUGUUUUUGUACGUUGCAACUACAUAAAUCACCCGAUAGACCUUUUUCUUUUGCCAUGAAUGCAGCGCAAACUGUAACAAAACCAAAAUUGAAUGCCUUUAGUACAGAGAGCGCGACGUAUACUAGAAAACCGUAUCAAUUUCAUAGUAGAAAACUUAGACCUUACGAAUGUGAGCCUGGUGACUAUGUGCCAGGACUGUAUGACUCUUAUAGAUGUGACCACCGAAAAAUGUUAUCUAAAUACUCGAAUACUCAUCCAUUUAGAGUUCCAUCAAAUUCUAGUUCUAUGCAAGACAAAACAAAAUGUAAAAGAACUCAGUCUGGUUUUUGCAGGCCAACUCAAAAAAAUGUGCGUACUUAUCAUAGAGGUGAUGGUCAUUCACUAGACAAAAAUGAGUAUUUACGAGAAGACCCCUUUUUAUAUGAUUCAGGAGCCUACCGACAAGCCGUACAAGUAAGAUCAAGUUUUAAUUUUAAUAUUGACUUUUGUAAAAAUGGAUCACCACAGAUUUCAUCAGUAUGUGAUAUUAAUAGAAAUAUCAAAAAAGAAAUGAAAGAUACAGGAACAAGCUCAACUAGAACCAGAAGUGUUUCCAGCAGUAGUAAUAAAAGUUAUAUUCGGGAUUGUCAAUCCCAAUCGGAAUGUAUAAAAACAGAAGGUAAAGCAUCUCGUGCAUCAUUGUUACAAAGCUUUUUUUGUACAUUAAAACUACAGAAAAAAGAAAAACCGCAAUAUGCUAAAUCCGAAAUUAUGCCUCUCACUGAAUCUGUGGGAUUUGAUGCUAAAAAGCAAAUAAUUGUACCAGUAACUCGCAAAAUAGGCACCAAAACUGAACAAAAAUAUCCAUAUAUUCUCGAGCCUUACGAAUGUAGGCUAGGCGUUUGUGUGCCUGGAUAUUGCGACCCUUAUGAUUGUCGAAAAAGAAAAAAACUUAGAAAUAUGAGACACCCAGGAAUCGGAUCAAUCCGCAUCACAAAGUCUAUGUCAAGUGUUACAUCAAAAGAUGUUGAGACAAAAGUAAUGAAUACUUAUUUGUAUAAACAAAUGCGCGAUAGACGACGGACCGCUUCCACAGAAACCAUUUAUCUAAUAAAAAAACAACUACAACAACUUUCUCAUGUAAAUAAUAAUCGUUACCAGUCUAUAAGUUGGGAAUCCGGUUGCAGAAUUAAUAAGGGUUUUAUGAAAGAUUCAAGGUUUGUAAAAGAGAAUGUAAGCCUGGAGUGUGUGUGCCAGGAGAAUGUGACCCAUAUGAGUGUCAAGAGAGAAAUAAAAGACGAGGGAUCCGACGAAUAUCUCGUAGGAGACGACCUUCUCAAGUAUCGGUAUCGAGCACGACUGCACAGUUCGUCCCGCGCUAUAAAUGUAAAAAAACACAACAUGAAGAAUUCUGUGUACCAUACAAAAUGGACAGAAUUGUAG